CAUUCCAACCUCGCUCGCUGCUAGGGUUUGCUCCGACCACGAACCCUAAACCCCGCUCACUCCCCCAGCAAGCACCGCCGACGCCGUUUCCCGCUAGGUAAAUCGGCCUCUACGCUCCGCCGCGCGCUCCGAUCCGGUCCGGAGCUAGGGUUUCGCCGUUCGCUGAAGCUCCGCUUCUGUGGUAUGGCGGGGUACGUGGACAGCCGGCACGCCGUGACCGGGUACGAGGACGAGGAGGAGGAGGACCCGGAGGAGGUCGAGGAGGAGGAGGUCGAAGAGGAGGUGGAAGAGGAGGUCGAGGAGGAGGCGGCCGAGGGCGCGCCGGGUGGCUUUGGAGGGGAGGCCGUCGUUGGUCAUGGAGAGCCUGGCGGCGACGACGGGAGGGGGGACGUGCCCGCGGAGCCUGCCGACGGGUCCGGGAAGGUUUUCGUUGGGGGUGUAGCCUGGGAGACAACGGAAGAAAAAUUCAAGAAGCAUUUUCAGAAAUAUGGGGCUAUAGCUGAUUCCGUGAUCAUGAAGGACAAGCAUACCAGGAUGCCUCGUGGAUUUGGAUUUGUUACAUUUUCUGACCCAUCUGUGAUAGACAGGGUUCUUGAGGAUGAACAUAUUAUAGAUGGAAGAACGGUUGAAGUCAAAAGGACUGUGCCUAGAGAGGAAAUGUCUGCAAAAGAUGGUCCGAAGACAAGAAAGAUCUUUGUCGGUGGUAUUCCACCAUCUCUAACUGAAGGUGAGUUAAAGGAGCACUUCUCCUCAUAUGGGAAUGUCGCUGAGCAUCAAAUCAUGGUCGACCAUAGCACCGGCCGUUCACGAGGCUUUGGCUUUGUUACCUUCGAAAGUGAGGACGCUGUUGAAAGGGUUAUGUCACAGGGAAGAAUGCAUGAGCUUGGAGGGAAGCAGGUUGAAAUAAAGAGGGCUGAACCAAAGAAACCUGGUGGUGGUGAUUCGAGUUCUAAUGGGAGAUAUAAUCUUCGCAGUGGUGCCAACCGCAGUUCGCACCGUGGUGGAGGCGGCGGCGGUGGCCGUUCUGUGAGCAGCAGCAGUGGUGCUGGUGGCUAUGGGUAUGGAGCUGACUACAGAGAAGCUGCAGCAGCCUACUAUGGUAGUGCAGGGUAUGGUGGCUAUGGUAGAGGCUAUGGUGCAUAUGGAGGCAACCCUGCCUUUGGGUCAGGUUAUGGCUCCGGUUAUGGUGGUUCUAUAUAUGGAGCAAGUCCAUAUGGUGCCUAUGGGGCAUAUGCAGGUGCCUACGGAGGUGGUGCAUACGGCGCACCUGGCAGCUAUGGAGCAGGUGGGUAUGGUGCCUAUGGGGGAGCUGGAAGCAUGGGUGGUGGGAGCUCGACUGGCCGUGGCUCGGGAAGGUACCACCCAUAUGGAAAAUGACAUCACAGUGGGUUCAUAGGAUCUGAUAAUAAACCUAGAUAUUCUGCUCAUUUCUGCUAUGAGAAGCUGGAACACUCCAUUGACCUUGUUGAAUCAGCGUCAUCAAAACAUUUUUCAUUCUUGCAUUGUGUCAGGCAGCAGGAAUGUAGAUUUAAGUCGCUGAAACCUGAACCAGCCUGAGCUUUAUGUAGAAUCUUAAGCUAAACUGUUGUAUUCAUUAGUUAACUAUAUGCAGCCUUUAGAACCCUUGAACUUGAACCCAACUUUGUGGUAGUAACAGUAUUUUAUGUGAUGUCCCGAUGUAUUACUAGGUAACAGUGUCACCAAGCAACUAACUGGUGGCAUCUGUGCUUCUGAAGAAAAUUUGACUUGUUCUUAACUUCUAA